CGGCACGGGUGGUUGCUGGCAGAGUGAGAGUGCCAUAUAUAUAGAGAGAAGGGGAAACUCGGCUCGGCACUCCAAAGUACACAGCCUCCGCGAUUGCAGUGGUGUACUCUUUCUCGGUUUCCUUCCACCAGAUUGUCGUCUGAUAUUCAUUCCCUCGCGGGCCUCGCGCCAGUGGUAACAGUCGGCCACAGACGACGUGGUUUCCGCACAUUCCGCAAAACCUCAGAAGGGCACGGCAUCUGCAGAGGAUCAUCAGAAUCCGCCCUGGGCCGCUGACACCAUGAAACUUACGCUGUUCACAAUAUUAGCCCUUUGUAUAAUAGCCGUCUGCAGAUCAGCCGAAGAGGAAUAUGAUUACGUGGAGGAGGCAGCGCCCGUGACGCCGGCGCCAACAAAACCAGCAAGUGGUCGACUAGGAGGUCUUUUAUCAUCAAGAGGACGCGCAAAUGUGCCAAAUGUGUCAGGAAAAAAGAGAACAUCGGCACAGUCAACGACGACGAAACCGGUAGAACAAGCGCCCGUAGAAGAAGACGAACUGGAAGGCGAAGACGCUUUUGAUGAAAAUCAGGAACACGAAGCGCCUACGACGACGACUGAAUCUGCGAAGAAGCUUCGAAAUAGCGGUGGCGUUAGACCUUUCAGAUCAAAUGAGGAUCUCCUAGCUGCCUUGAAAAGACGAAGAGCUCAGACAGGACCUAGUAGUCAUUCACGUGAAACUGCCGCCACACAUUCUCCGGUGGAACAUACCACAGCCAAAUCAAAAGCUACCACAAACAGUCGUAGCAAGGUUACCACAGGUAACGAGGCGAAAACAUCAGGACGAAGGUUCGGAGGAAGAGGUAAGACUGUUCAAGAAGAAGUCGAGGAGACGCAACGAGAGGAAGUCCAAGUGAAACCCAAAACCGAAUUUCUUAUUCGUAGGCGCACUUAAAUCAAUCGUCCAAAUUCGUUAAUGUAAAAUUAGUUCUGAGCUUUGUUGUUUUUUUUUUUUUAAAAAAAAGACGCGCAUAAAUUAAAUUUGAUUCUAUCAGUGCCCGAAAAUAGUCGUUUUCUUCACACUAAAAGAUCUUGUAAAACAAGUUUACCCGCUAAAUUUUUACGCAUGCCGUUGAUUUAGAAGUUGCAGUUUUGAUUUCCGUGUACGUGCAUCUUUUAUAUAUAAUUAAUAGUAAAUAAAAUUAUAAUUCAUUUUGGAUAUGAAUUAUAAGAAGACACGUUCUUCUUGAAGAACAACAGUUUCAUUUAUUUCUUGCGGUGCGGUAUUAAAAAUAUGAUCGAUGAAAGUGAGCGUAUUGAUUAUUAUAUGACAAGUGUUAAUCAAAAGGAACAAAAUCUUUUCCUUAUUAAGCUUUGAUUGACGCGUGUAAGAGAUGAAAAGAGAUGAUGGAAAAGUCAUGUGUACAUAGCAAAAUACUGCCGUCCGUCAAGCACCUAAAUCAUUUAUUAUUAUUGUAUAAAUGUAAAUUAAUGUCACAAUAAAGUUUCUCUGGAAAGAUA